UUCUCCCCAAAUUCAGCCUAUUUCUCUCAGGCUUAGCUUUUACUUGGCUUUCCAGAAAGAUGGAUAGAAGAAAUGACUAUGGUUAUAGAACAACGGUGUUCCAGGGCCCUCUGCCUCCCUCUGGGAGCCUGGGGCUUCCCUUCCCUCCAGAUGUACAGACUGAGACCACAGAAGAGGACAGUGUCUUGCUGAUGCAUACCCUGUUGGCGGCAACCAAGGACCCACCUGUUGCCAACCGACCUAAGAAAAGCAAGACCAAGAAGACUUCUCUUAAGGCUGUUACUAAGUCUGCACCUGCUGCCUCUCCAGUCCCAACUGCCAAUGAGAUUGCCACCAACAAGCCCAAAAUAACUUUACAGGCUUUAAACUUGCCCAUGCUCACUCAGAUCAGCCAGUCUUCAGCUACUACUGAGGUAGCCAAUAUUCAGGCUUCUUCAGUCACUGUUCAGCCUAAGAAAGCCAACAAGACAAAGAGAGUUUCUGCCAAGGUAGCCCAAGGCUCCCAGUCCCCAACUGGGAGUGAGGGUGUUACUACCCAACUCAAGUCACCCUUGCAGACCCUAAACCUACCGGUGAUUUCACAGACUAUCCAGGUUCCAGUUGCCAGUGAGUCAGCCAGUUCCCUGGCCUUGAUAGUCUCUACCAAGCCUAAGAAAGCUUCCAAGGCCAAGAAGGCUGCCAAUAAGACCAUAGCUAGUGCCACUGAAAUCUUACCAGCUCCAACUACUAUCCACAUAGCUACUACCCAAGGCCAAAUUACCAGUGAGACAGCCAAUAUCCAAGCUACAGCAGCCUCUAUCAGAACCAAGAAAGCUCCCAAGGCCAAUAAGACAACUGCUAAGGCCCCAAAUACUGACACAGAACAUCUAGAGUCUCCAAAUUCUACUGAGGCAGUGAGCAGGCAGAUUGAGGCCACAGCAGCAGCUCUCCGGCCCAAAAAGCCCAAGGGAAAGAAGGUUGUCAAUAAGGGCCCAAAUUCUGCCUCUGAGAUCACUGAGGCUCCACCCACCACUCAGAUGGUUACAAACCAAACCAUAGUAGCUACUAUUCGAGUCAAGAGAGGGUCUAGGGCUCGAAAGGCUGGCACUAAGGCUCGGGUAACUGAAAACCAGACCCCAGUUGCUGACCAGGGGGCUCAGGUGAAGAUGGCUGCCUCUCAGACCAGCAUAAGCGCCCUUGAGACUCAGGUUGCUGCUGCUGUCCAGGCCCUGGCAGAUGACUAUUUGGCUCAGUUGAGUCUGGAGCCCACAACUAGGACCCGGGGCAAGAGAAACCGAAAGUCCAAACAUCCAAAUGGGGAUGAGAGAAGUGGCAGUAAUUAUAGGCGGAUCCCAUGGGGCCGGAGACCUACGCCACCACGAGAUGUGGCCAUUUUGCAAGAAAGGGCAAAUAAAUUGGUGAAAUACCUGUUGGUUAAGGAUCAAACAAAGAUCCCCAUAAAGCGCUCAGACAUGCUGAAGGAUGUCAUCCAAGAAUAUGAUGAAUAUUUCCCAGAGAUCAUUGAACGAGCAAGCUACGCUCUGGAAAAGAUGUUUCGAGUCAAUCUGAAGGAAAUCGAUAAGCAAAGUAGCUUGUAUAUUCUGAUCAGCACUCAGGAAUCCUCUGCAGGCAUACUGGGAACGACCAAGGAUACACCCAAGCUGGGUCUCCUCAUGGUGAUUCUGAGUGUCAUUUUUAUGAAUGGCAAUAAGGCCAGUGAGGCUGUCAUCUGGGAGGUGCUACGCAAGUUGGGGCUGCGCCCUGGGGUGAGACAUUCACUUUUUGGGGAAGUGAGGAAGCUCAUCACAGACGAAUUUGUGAAGCAAAAGUACCUGGAGUAUAAGAGGGUCCCCAACAGCAGACCACCUGAGUAUGAGUUCUUCUGGGGCCUGCGCUCUUACCAUGAGACUAGCAAGAUGAAAGUCCUCAAGUUUGCAUGCAAGGUGCAGAAGAAAGACCCCAAAGACUGGGCUGCUCAGUAUCGGGAGGCAGUGGAGAUGGAAGUCCAAGCUGCAGCUGUGGCUGUGGCUGAGGCUGAGGCCAGGGCUGAGGCAAGAGCCCAAAUGGGGAUUGGAGAGGAAGCUGUGGCUGGGCCUUGGAAUUGGGAUGACAUGGAUAUCGACUGCCUAACAAGGGAAGAAUUAGGUGAUGAUGCUCAGGCCUGGAGCAGAUUUUCAUUUGAAAUUGAGGCGAGAGCCCAAGAAAAUGCAGAUGCCACCACCAAUGUCAACUUCAACCGAGGAACUAGCACCAGGGGUGGUUUCAGUGAUGGUGCUAGUGUUAGCUUUAAUGGUGCACCCGGCCCCAGUGAUGGCUUUGGUGGUGGAGCUGGUAUUACCUUCGGAGGUGCACCCAGCACCAGUGCUAGCUUCAGCAAUGCAGCCAGCAUUAGCUUUGGUGGCACAUCCAGUACCAGUGCCAGUUUCAGCAGUGCAGCCAGCAUUAGCUUUGGUGGUGCACCCAGCACUAACACUAGUUUCAGCGGUGGAGCCAGCAUUAGCUUUGGUGGUGCACCCAGUACCAGUGCCAGCUUCUGCAGCACAGCCAGCAUUAGCUUUGGUGGCACAUCUAACACUAUUACUAGUUUCAGUGGAGGAGCCAGCAUUAGCUUUGGUGGUGCACCCAGCACUAGCACUAGUUUCAGCAGCACAGCCAGCAUUAGUUUUGGUGGUGCACCCAGCACAAGCACCAGCUUUAGUGGAGGAGCCUGCAUUAGCUUUGGUGGUGCACCCAGCAUCGGCACCAGCUUUAGUGGGGGAGCCAGCAUUAGCUUUGGUGGUGCACCUGGCACCGGCACUAGUUACAGUGGUGGAGCCAGCAUCAGUUUUGGUGGUGCACCUUGUACAAGUGCCAGUUUCAGUGGUGGAGCCAGCUCUGGCUUUGGAGGCACGCUCAGCAGCACCACAGCUGGCUUUAGCAGUGCACUUAGCACUAGCACCAGCUUUGGCAGUACACCCACCACAAGCACUGUCUUCACUGGCGCACUUAGCACCAGCACUGGCUUUGGAGGCACACUUAGCACCAGUGUAUGUUUUGGUGGCUCUCCAAGUUCUGGUUCCAGCUUUGGUGGCACACUCAGUACUAGUAUCUGUUUCGGUGGCUCUCCUAGCACCAGCACUGGUUUUGGUGGUACACUAAGCACCAGUGUCUCCUUUGGUGGCUCUUCUAUCACCAGUCCUGACUUUGGAGGCACACUAAGCACCAGUGUCUGCUUUGGUGGCUCUCCUAGUACCAGUGCCAGCUUUGGUGGUGCACUUAAUAGCAGUGCUGGCUUUGGCGGUGCCAUCAGCACCAGUGCCGGCUUUGGUGAUGCCAUCAGCACCAGUGCCAACUUUGGCAGUGCACUCAACAGCAGUGCUGGCUUUGGCAGUGCCAUCAGCACCAGCUCCAGCUUUGGUGGUGCACUCAACAGCAAUGCCAGCUUCAGCAGUGCCAUUGGCACCAGUGCUGGCUUUGGUGGUGCCAUCAGCACCAAUACUGGCUUUGGCAGUACACUCAAUAGCAAUGCCGGCUUUGGCAGUGUCAUCAGCACCAGUGCCGGCUUUGGAGGUGCACUCAGCAGCAGUGCCGGCUUUGGCAAUGCCAUGAGUACCAGUGCUGGCUUUGAUGGUGCUGUCAGUACUAGUGCUGGCUUCAGUGGUGCACCAAGCACCAACCCUGGCUUUGGUGGUGCAUUCAGCACCAGUGCUGGCUUCAGUGGGGCACUUAGUACCACUACUGACUUUGGCAGUACUCACAGCAACAGCAUUGGCUUUGGCAAUGCUCCCAGCACCAGCGUCAGCUUUGGUGGUGCUCACAGCACCAGCCUCUGUUUUGGUGGAGCUCCCAGCACCAGCCUCUGCUUUGGCAGUGCAUCUAACACCAACCUAUGCUUUGGUGGCUCUCCUAGCACCAGUGCCUGCUUUAGUGGUGCCACCAGUGCCAGUUUUAGUGAUGGACCCAGCACCAGUGCCGGUUUCAGCUUUGGUAAUGGGUUAAGCACCAGUGCUGGAUUUGGAGGUGGACUGAGCACCAGUGCUGGCUUCGGUGGCAACCUAGGCACCAGUGCUGGCUUCGGUGGCAACCUAGGCACCAGUACUGGCUUCGGUGGCGGCCUAGGCAGUGGCUCCGGCUUCGAUGGUGGCCUAGGUACCAGUGCUGACUUUGGUGGCGGACUAAGCACCAGCACUGGCUUCGGUGGCGGACUAGGCACUGGCACUGACUUUGAUGGUGGACUAGGCACCGGCACUGGCUUUGGUGGUGGAUUAGGUACCAGUGCGGGCUUCAGUGGCGGACUGGGCACCAGCACUGGCUUUGGUGGCGAACUAGUCACCAGUGAUGGCUUUGGUAGUGCACUGGGUACCAAUGCUGGUUUUGGCAGCACACUUGGCACUGGUGUGGGUUUUAGUGGUGGCCUCAGCACCAGCGAUGGCUUUGGCGGUGGGCCUAAUGCCAGCUUUGACAGAGGACUGAGUACCAUCAUUGGCUUUGGCAGUGGUUCCAACACCAGCACUGGCUUUACUGGCGAACCCAGCACCGGCACCAGCUUCAAUAGUGGACCCACUUCUAUUGUUGGCUUCAAUAGUGGACCGAGCACUGGUGCUGGCUUCUGCAGUGGGCCAAGCACUGGUGGCUUUGGUGGUGGACUGAGCACCGGAGCUGGCUUUGGAGGACCGAGCACCGGAGCUGGCUUCGGUGGUGGACUGGGCACCAGUACAGGCUUCGGUGGACCAAGCAGCAGUGCUGGCUUCGGUGGUGGACCAAGCAGCAGUGCUGGAUUCGGCGGUGGACCAAGCACCGGUUCUGGCUUUGGUGGUGGACCUAACAGCCUUGGUGCCUGUGGCUUCUCCUACGGCUAAUGAAGUUUCAGGUUUAUUCCCCAUGUUUACAGAUACCACUAAUAAAUUGCAGCAGUCUUUCCCAUGGAGCCAAGGUACAGCCUUGGAAUCUUUGUCCACACAGCAGUCCUAAGCAGCUACUACCAAUCAGCUGAGGGUGACAUGCUUUGAAAAAAAUCUGUUCGCUGUUCUUGCUUUCUUGUUUGCUUUCUGUGUGCUGUCAUAUUUUGGUAUUAGAGUUAUUAAAUUUGCAAAAUGAAUUGGAGUUUUUUUCUUUUAAUUUGCUUAGGUAAUUGUGAGUGACAUUUUGGGUUUGUAGAAGAGCUAGAGAUCAGCAUAGCUCUUUUGGGAAUGUGGGGUCCAGCUUCAGGCUAAAAGGCAGGUAUUUCUUAAGUGGGGGGAAGCCUAGGAAAGCAUGGCAAACCCGAGGA